GUAUAAAAACUACAGCCUUCGUCAAAGGAAAGCUGCCAUUUAUUCUUCGUCUCUCUUUCAAGACAGGAGGAUGGCAUCUAUUACUAGAGAUAGAGGUCACAGCAAAACAUGGGCGGAAAGGAGUGGGCCAAUAGCCAUAUCUACAGAUAGUCCAUCUAGAGCCAUUGCUAAAUCACCUGAGGGAGAACCCCAAGAUGACAGCUGGAAAGAAAUCCAAAAGCAAGUUUUCACAAGGUGGUGCAACGAGAGGCUCAAAGUUGUCAACAUUGAAAUCGUUGCUCUUCCGGAUGACUUCUGCGAUGGCGUCAAGUUGAUCAACCUCGUUCAGGUCCUUUCCAAAAAAACCGUCGGUCGUUUUUCGAAAAAGCCUCGCAUUCAUGCACAAAAGAUGGAGAACGUGGAGCUAGCCCUGAGUCUCCUAACAAAGAAGGAAAAGAUAAAGAUUGUUAACAUAGGUAGUGGGGAUAUAGUUGAAGGGAACCUUAAGCUCACCCUUGGUUUGGUAUGGACUCUUAUCCUCCACUAUCAGAUCAGCAUUGGGUUCGGAAUCGACACAAGAAGGAGUGGGAGCAUAUCAGCCAAACAAGUGUUGAUGGAUUUCGUCCAAGACAUUAUGCCUCAUCAAAAGGUGACAAACUUUACCACUGACUGGAAUGAUGGACGACUAGUAGCUGGACUUGUUGAUGGAACUGCUCCAGGUCUCUGUCCAGAAGCUUACACCAUGACAGCAGAUACUCCAUUGGAGAAUGCUAAACACGCUAUGACGCUAGCAGAGGAUUGGCUUGGAGUGCCAAUGCUUUUGCUGCCAGAAAACAUAGUCAAUCCUCAUGUUGACUCCCUUAGUGUCAUCACUUACCUUGCUCAAUUCUCAGAAGCUAAAUUAGUAGAAGGUGCUCCAAUACAAGAAGGAGGAGACCCAUCCAAGGUCAAAGCCGAUGGAGAUGGUCUAAUGUCGGAAGGGCUCUUUGCCUCUGAGGAACCUGUAGAGUUCACGGUCGACGUCAGCGAGGCUAAGCCUUUCGGGUCCCUUCGUGUGAGCAUCAUUGAUCCAAAUAACCUGGAGAUUCGCCCUGAAGUCAAGUUUAAUAACGAUGUCUAUACAUAUCGAUACAGCCCCAUUGAGUCUGGGGCUUACACCAUUAGCAUCAAUUGGUGGGGGAAGCCCAUUACUGGUAGCCCAUUUACUGUAAACGUUGGACGGAGGAUGGCCUUAUCACCUCGUCACUCGGCCUCUGCUUCAACACGCUCUUCUCUGAGCUCAGCAGUUAGUGUCUAUGGGUCUGGUGUAGAAGGAGGGAAUCUAAGAGCUUGUGAACCAGCUGGGUUUUGGGUUGAAGGUGUUCCCAGUAACAGCACACUACAAAUCAAAGUUGUUGGGCCACAAGGACAGCUUGGGUCAGAAUAUGUGACGGUACAAGGAGUGGCUAAGGGCUACUACUACGUCCUUUAUUAUCCGCUUGUCUCAGGGACUUACAAAAUAACAACAUGUAUCUCUGGGAAAGAUAUUGGCCAGAGUCCUUACACAGUUAGUGUAGGCGAAAAGAGCUCCCUUGUACAGGGAUGGGCAAGAGGGCCUGGCAUUGAUGGAACCAAUAUUGAAGUCAGCUCAAAGACCUGGUUUAACGUAUUUGUACCUUCUGGAUCCAGUCGUGACGUCAUUGUCGAAAUAGAAGGUCCCAAAGGAAAAGUCACGGCUACACAGGAGAAAGCAAUCAUGUCAGUUUUUAGGUAUACUUACGUGCCAAAGCAGCAAGGCAGGUACAAGAUAACAGUUAUCAUUGGUCCAAGGGGAAGGGCUAUUACACUUUACUUUAUUGUCAUCGCUCCCUCAUCAGUCACAAAAGGAUCGUUUAAAGUGUGGGGGAAGGGAAUAGCCCCAAGAGGUGUGCAAGCCCGACAAAAGGCUGAAGUGUACUUUCAACCAAUAGCAGCAGAUCAAGAAGUGGCGCUUGAUAUUAAAAGUGAAGAUGGAGAGCAGGUUCCAUUCUCUGAAAGCUCUGAAAAUGGCAUCACAACAUUUACUUACAUACCACCAAUGGUCGGCUGCUACAUCAUCACAUUCCUUAGCAAUGGAGAACCUAUUCACAGUACCCCAUUCAAAGUUAAUGUCACCGACGUUUCAAAGAUCAUUUUUACCGGGGAGAAUAUGGAUGGCUCUGCUGUUCCUAUCAAAAAGAAGCUAGUGUACAACGUUGAUGCAAGGAAGGCUGGCUAUGCCCAAUUAGCCUGUCAAGUUGUAUCUGUCAAGGAUAGUCGAGUUACUUCGCUGUCGCCUAAAAUACUUCAGAAAAAGGACAGCACGUAUGAAAUUGUUGUCCAACCCAUUGUAAUAUGUGAAGAAGAGCUUUUGUUUACUUAUGAUGAUGCACUUUUGACUCAAAAUCCAAUCAGAAUCAAUGCGGUUGACGUUUCACAGAUCAAAGUGUACGGGCGUGGUAUUCAAAAGGGCAAUGUAGCCAUGAAGUCAACCUCAUUUAAAGUAGACUUAAACAAAGCUGGUUCUGGUAAACUGGUAGUUGUAGUCACAGGCCCAGUGGAUCCUACUGUAGACGUCACUCCAACCUCUGAAAACUUUGUCUUUAAUUGCGAAUACACUCCAACUGAACCUGGAGAAUAUAGCGCCACAGUGACAUUUGCUGGAUUUGAAACAAAAGGCUCACCGUACAAAUUUGAAGUGCUUCCAGCUGGAGGCAAUGCAGCAAGCAGUAGAAUUGCUAUGUACGGUCCAGCAGUGGAGGGUCCACUUACAGUAGGUACUCCAGGAGAGUUCUUUAUAGCUCUAGGCCCAGGGAAUAUGAAGAGUGCUAAUGUAAGUGUUAAAGGACCAGAGGGAGAAGAAAAGGUUAAGCAAGAGCCCAUAAAGGAGAAAGAAGUCGUUCAAUACAGUUUCCCCGUUUUCCAACCAGGACCAUAUUUCAUAUCAGCUGAUUUCAAUGGAACACCAGUAGAAGGCUCUCCUUUCGAAACAAAAUCAGAGUUUCCAGACAACCUUCCAAAAGUUUCAGUUUCUGGUAAAGGGCUCAGACAAGCAAUUGUGAACGAUUGGGCUGAAUUUGAAAUAGAUAGUCAAGCAGAAGGAUCAGGUUCCCUUGAUGUCACUGUCAAUGGACCUUCAGGAGCAGAAACUAAAAUGGAAGGAAAGGGAAAUGGUAAAGUAGCAGUGAAAUACCGACCAACAUCCACUGGUGAACAUCAAAUUAAUGUACUAUUUAACAACCAAGCAAUACCUGGUAGUCCUUUCCCUAUUGCCGUUGAAGCAAAAACAGAAGUUAUAAAACUAGAGCCUACUGGUGUCAGUCUAGGAUCUGACUUCACUUACAGCAUUGAUACGUCUAAAGCAACCAAACCAGUUUCAGUAACUGGUAAAGUUCUGGGUCCUUUCACAAAAGGUACUGUACCAGAAGCACUCAAAUCGAAAGCAAUAACUGUCAAAAGUUUCUCCAGAGUUGCUGGCAAUUUAGUUGUCACAAAUCCUAAGGUCUCAGAAAAGAACAAAAUUUACACAGUAGCAUUCACACCAAGAAAAGUUGGAGUAUAUCUCAUCUAUGUGUUUGCUGGUGAUAGACUGGUUGACAAGAUGCCUUAUGAAGUUUACGUCUGUGAUCCAUCAAAGAUUAAAGUCAAAGGGCCUGGUCUUGGUAAGAACAAAAACGAGAACUCUCACAUAGACAAACCAUUGAUGUGGGAAGCUGACUGCACUCAAGCUGGUCCUGGCACAUUCGCUGCUUAUGUUGGAGGACCUGAUAAUUGCACAAAAGAUGUCACAGUAGAACCAGCCUCAUCACCAGAUCAAUACAGCAUCAGUUACACACCAAAUGUACCUGGAGGCUAUCAACUAUUGUUUGCAUAUUCUGGAUUUCAAACAUCAGAUAAGCCGACCAUAAUGAUCAGUGAUCCUUCUAAAGCACAAAUGGGAGAUAAAGGAGACAGAGUGUGUUUAGUUAAUGAGAAAGUCUCUUUUCCUCUUGACUUAAGUGCUGCUGGAGCUGGUAAAUUACAAGCUUAUUCACCAUACACAGUCCCCAUACUAGCUGAAGGUGCUGUCAUUGCAGAACCACAAAUGGCAGUGAUGGAAACUAACACUGACUUGUUUGCCGGUCUAAAUAUACCGUUGGAAAGUAGACCAAAUUUGUACGGUCCAGCAGUUGAGGGUCCACUUACAGUCGGUACUCCAGGAGAGUUCUUUAUAGCUCUAGGCCCAGAAAAUAUGAAGAGUGCUAAUGUUAGUGUGAAGGGACCAGAGGGAGAGGAAAAGGUUAAGCAAGAGCCCAUAAAGGAGAAUGAAGUCGUUCAAUACAGUUUCCCUGUUUUCCAACCAGGACCAUAUUUCAUAUCAGCUGAUUUCAAUGGAACACCAGUAGAAGGCUCUCCUUUUGAAACAAAAUCAGAGUUUCCAGACAACCUUCCAAAAGUGACUGCUUCUGGUAAAGGGCUUAGAGAAGCAUUUGUGAAUGAUUGGGCUGAAUUUGAAAUAGGUAGUCAAGCAGAAGGAUCAGGCUCACUUGAUGUCACUGUCAAUGGACCUUCAGGAGCAGAAAUUAAAAUGGAAGAAAAGGACAAUGGUAAAGUAGCAGUGAAAUACCAACCAACAUCCACUGGUGAACAUCAAAUUAAUGUACUAUUCAACAACCAAGCAAUACCAGGCAGUCCUUUCCCUAUUGCUGUCCAAUCAAAGGAAGCAAAAACACAAGUUGUAAAACUAGAGCCUACUGGAGUCAGUCUAGGAUCUGACUUCACUUACAGCAUUGAUACUUCUAAAGCAACCAAACCAGUCUCAGUAACUGGUAAAGUCCUGGGUCCUUUCACAAAAGGUAGUGUACCAGAAGCUCUGAAGUCCAAAGAGAUAACUGUCAAGAGCUUUUCCAAAGUUGCCGGAAAGCUAAAGGUCACAAAACCUAAGAUCUCAGAAAAGAACAAAAUUUACACAGUGGCAUUUGCACCAAGUAAAGUUGGAGUAUACCUCAUAUAUGUGUUUGCUGGUGAUCGACUGGUUGACAAGAUGCCUUAUGAAGUUUAUGUGUGUGAUCCAUCAAAGAUUAAAGUCAAAGGGCCUGGUCUUGGUAAGAACAAAAAUGAAAACUCUCACAUAGACAAACCAUUGACGUGGGAAGCUGACUGCACUCAAGCUGGUCCUGGUACAUUUGCUGCUUAUGUUGGAGGACCUGAUAAUUGCACAAAAGAUGUCACAGUAGAACCAGCCUCAUCACCAGAUCAAUACAGCAUCAGUUACACACCAAAUGUACCUGGAGGCUAUCAACUAUUGUUUGCAUUCUCUGGAUUUCAAUUAUCCGAUAAGCCCACUGUAAUGAUCAGUGAUCCCUCUAAAGCACAAUUGGGAGAUAAAGGAGACAGAGUGUGUUUAGUUAAUGAGAAAGUCUCUUUCCCUCUCGAUUUGAGUGCUGCUGGAGCUGGUAAAUUACAAGGUAAAGAGACUUAUGUAACUGUUAAUACAACUGAAGCAAGAGCUGUGAAGCCUAAAGUAAACGUCUCUGGCCCUAACAAUGAAGAAAUACCCACUGAAACAACAGAGAAGACACCAGGGGUCUAUGACAUAACAUUUACACCAGUACAAGGUGGAAAUCAUCAGUUGCACGUUAAAGCUUGUGGUCAACUAAUAUCAGAGUCUCCAUACACCCUUCAAGUGUUCAAUCCGUCAGCUGUUCAGUGUGUGAAUGAUGGUCCAGUUAGAGUAGUACCAGGUACACCAGUAAACCUAGAGUAUGAUAUUAGUAACGCUGGACCUGGCUCCUUCAACCUGAAUCUCAGUGGACCAGAAGAAUCUACAAUAGUACCUAGCACCAAUGAAGAGAAUCCUAACCUUCUCUCAUUCACAUUCACUCCCAAUACACCAGGAAUCUAUGAAGCACGAGCCACUUUUGAAGCUAUUCCUAUCAGUGAAGAACCACUGAAUAUCCUUGUAACAGACACUGAAUUGCUUGUUAUUUCAGGCAGUGGUGCAACAGGCAAGAAGGCCCAAAUUGGCGAACCAGUAGAAAUAGUUGUUGAUAUAUCUAAAAGUGGUCCAGUGCCUUUAGUGGCCACUGUUGUAAAGCCCUCAGGAGAAAAGGAAGAGCUAGUUUUCUCAGCAAAAGAAGAUAAUCCUAAUUUGUUAUUGGCUAGUUAUACUCCAAUGGUCUCUGGGUACUAUGACUUGAUCUUUUUAGUGGAUGGGGAAGCACUUUACAAGGAACCUUUACGUCCAUACAUAGUCAACCCAGCAGAAUUCCAAAUCGUCAAAGAGGAGGAGAUAUAUCCAAUGCAAGCUGUUCUUGGCCAAGUGAACAGCUAUGAGAUUUUUGUAGCAAAUGAAGUUCAAGAGGAUGGCUUUGGAGUGUUUCUUUUGACAGAAGAUGAAGCCGACACAGUCGAAGAAGAAAUUAAAUGCAGCGUAGAGAAAUUAGACAAAGACCGUGUCAAAAUCGAGUAUCUUCCAGAGGCAGAGACGGCUCAAUUCGUGGUGCUUACUUACAAUGAAGUCCACAUUAGCGAGAAACUCUCACUUGCAAAGUUUGAUACAUCGGAGUUCUUGAUGGAAGAUCUUAAAACGUCAGUACCAGUUAAUGCAGAAACGAGCUUUGUUGUGAGCGGAAUACAAAGCAGCAAGUAUGAAAUCACGGCCGUAGUAACACAAGAAGACGGAAAUAAUUUGGAAGCAAAAGUCGAAUCAAUUGAAUCGGAGGAAGAAGGCAAGUUUAAAUAUCGAAUCUCGUACACACCAGUCAAUAUCGGGCUCCUAACGAUAAUAGUGAAGUGUGGAGCAAUCUCACUCUGUGAUCUUAUUACAGUCAAAGUAUUUAAUCCAUCGCUUGUCACAUGCACUGGACUUGAGGACGUCAAUGUACUAGUUGGAGUCAAAGUACCUUUUGCCGUCGAUACAUCAAAGGCUGGAGGUGGGGCAGAGCUACUAGUCCAGCUAGAAGGCCCUGAGAAUAGCUCAGUCCUCUGUCAACCUGUAAAUGAUUGCCAUUACUCUGGAGUUCUCUCCUCUGAGCGAGCUGGAAUCUGUCGCCUUCGCGUGAUGUACGGAGGCAUUGAAAUACCGAGCUCUCCUUUUAUUUGCCGAUACAAUAGACCAGAGCCUGAUGUUGCUAAAUGCUCUGUGGGCGACUUGAAAGCCACUCCGGGAGAGUUCAUGAUUGAUUGCCGAGAUGGAGGAGGAAACGGUAUACUUGAGGUUGCAGUGUAUGGCGCUUUUGUGCCGGCAAGAUCAAUAGCAGUUGAGCAUAAUGGAGAUUUCACAUUUAACGUGAAGUACGAUAUACCAGAUCCUGUUGAGACUUUUAUCAGUGUUAAGUGGCAUGGGAUCCAUCUUAACGGGAGUCCUUUUAAAGUUAUUUUUGAUCAAUAGACUCAAGCCAUUUUUUGCUAUGGAACUAUAACAAUUAUUAUUAUAUACAUGUAAAUUGCUUUCUUAGUGCAGAACUUAUCUUAUUAUUUUACUAAUUAUAAUUGUUAGCAUUUUUAGCUUGAUUUUAUUCCUUUCCACAAUUCUUUUAAUAAUGUUAGUUAUUAUUAUUAUGAAAAUAUUAUUUUCAUUAUAAAAUCA